GAGCUCGCUCACUAGGAAGCUUGGACGCGUGGAGGCCGCUUGGCUCACACACAGAUUUGCCAUGGAGAAGACUUCUGUGUCGACAUUCUUACUCCUUGUGGCCCUCUCUUACACUCUGGCCAAAGAUACCACAGUCAAACCCGGAGCUAAGAAGGACACAAAGGUCUCUGCACCCAAACUGCCCCAGACCCUUUCCAGAGGUUGGGGUGAUCAACUCAUCUGGACUCAGACAUACGAAGAAGCUUUAUACAAAUCCAAGUCAAGCAACAAACCCUUGAUGAUUAUUCAUCACUUGGACGAAUGCCCACACAGUCAAGCUUUAAAGAAAGUGUUUGCCGAAAAUAAAGAAAUCCAGAAAACGGCGGAGCAGUUUGUUCUCCUGAAUCUUGUCUAUGAAACAACCGAUAAACACCUUUCUCCUGACGGCCAGUAUGUCCCCAGGAUUAUGUUUAUUGACCCGUCCCUGACCGUGAGAGCCGACAUCACUGGCAGGUACUCAAACCGUCUCUAUGCUUACGAACCUUCCGAUGCAGCUCUGCUUAUUGACAACAUGAAGAAAGCACUCAAGUUGCUGAAGACCGAAUUGUAGAGAAAAGACAAAAUGUGCCAGCUCUUCCCUCUGUGUUCGGCCGUGACCUGGAACCAGAGGGGAUUUCAGAAGACUCUGGAGAAGGCAGGAGCAUGCGUGGACAUGCUCAUUAGAUUACAGUUUAAUGUUACAACAGCUACUUUUUUUAAUUUGGUUUCAAGUAUACAUGUAUGAAAACAAUACUGUAUACUACCAUAGGAAGCCAUACUUUUUAAAAAAAUAAAUCCUUUGGGAGUGUUAAACUGUUUUGUUUUUCCCAACUUGGUCUUUCACAGAAAAGCUAUGGGGUUCACUUGCCAAAGAGGACUUUUGGACACACAAAAUGUUCAAGGUUGGGGAGGGAGGGUGACAAGAAAAAAAAUA